UAACCAAUGAGGAGGGGGGGCUCGUGUAUUUCGACGCAAGCGCAGUUCAGCAUGCGGUACACGUGACUGCGCACUGUAAUAACAAUGUGGAUGUUUUCCUUGCAGAGGAGAUAUCUGCACUCCUCGUUGUGUUUGAUGAAGAAACUGAAGGGUAAGACGCCAGCGGAGCAGCGCUGGCUCCGACGGCAGCUUAAAGACCCGUAUGUCAAAGCUUCCCAGGUCCAAAACUUUCGAUGCAGGAGCGCCUUCAAGCUUCUAGAGAUAGAUGACAAGUUCAGGCUCUUACAACCUGGAUACACUGUGGUGGACUGCGGAGCUGCUCCUGGAGCCUGGAGCCAGGUGGCAGUCCAGAGGGUCAAUUCAGGUGUGACAGGUGAGAGGACAGAUCCAGAGUUGCCUCGUGGUAUGGUUGUUGGCAUUGAUUUGCUGAACAUACCGCCUCUGGAUGGUGCUCACUUCCUGUCCAAUUGCGAUGUCACAGACCCUGCCACACAUGCCAAGCUGUUGGAGCUUCUUCCCCACGGCAAGGCUCAUGUCAUCCUGAGCGACAUGGCACCCAAUGCCAGCGGUUUCAGAGAGAUGGACCACGAGAAACUCAUCACAAUGUGUUUGUCUUUGAUAGACUUGGCUGAGAAAAUUUUACAGCCCCAGGGUUCUCUUCUUUGUAAAUACUGGGACGGGAUCCUUGCUCAUAAACUGCAGGAAACGCUCUCAAGUGUGUUCAGUAGUGUUCGGACUUUAAAGCCAGAUUCCAGCAGAAAAGACUCAGCUGAACGAUAUUUCCUUGCUAGAAUGUACAGAAGGCCAAUAAAGUGAUGUUUAAUUAUGGAGUGUGUGCUCCGUUCAGUCUGAGCAUGACGAAGGGGCUCUCUUAGUGGCUGUCAUCAAAAGAUGGCACUGUUGAGGCAUCGGUAAGGCUGACUGCUCCAGGCACAGAAGCAAACACAUUAAACACUGUGAUGCUGGCUUUUAAGCCCUGCAAACUUAACACAGCAGCAGUGAAUCAGUAAUAUGUAAACCUAUGCAAGAAUCAGUUUGAUAUUCCUCAAGAGCCCCCAAUGCAGUGCUUCUCUGAAGUUAUUGUUUGCCCCAAGUGUUUGUUCUACACACUCAGACUGGUAUUUGCUUUGUUACAGAAAGUCAUCUACCAGUGGUGCUUAUGCUAAUAAUUUGCACUGCCAGCCAUGUAGAAAUAUGUAAUAAUUCUCUCACUGAGAGCUCACAGAGAGGGAAAACUAAUACAUAAGAGUCAAACACAGUAUGACUAACUGGAAGUGGGAUGCUACUCAAGUGUUAUUGGGUUCUGACAGUGAAAACAUGUCCAUUUCCUGUGAAAAUGUGAUAAGCACAGUCAUUUCAGUUUUUCUUUUUUUCUUUCUUUCAUAUUUUCACAGAUCUCCUUUAAAUCACUGAGGUGAACACUUUCAUUUGUUUUUAUUUUUUAGUACAACUGGUCAUGAAAUAAAAGCACAUUUUGUAGUCGUAUAGUGUCACAGUCUUGUCCUGACUUGAAGCGCCAUUCACCAGAGCCAGAUGCAUAUACGAUAUCUUUAUCUUCUCUUCCCGUCUUAGUGCAUUCGUUUUCAUGUACAAGCAACUAUCAUUUUUGGAGGGCAUUUUAUGCUUUUAGUCCAGUGACAGAAAUAGAUUGGGAAUGACUUGCCACAAAGGUCUCCAGCUGGACACGUACUUGGGAUGUUGCUUUACCCUUUGGCCAAAAGGGCUCUGUCAUGUACAAAUGAGUGAAUAACAAUGAAAUGCAACCAUGCG